UAGGACUCCUGCUAAAUAAUAUAUACUCUCUCAAAAAAUUUCACAUGUAAAAUAAAAUUAAAUAUAGAAGAAAGAAACCCUUUCUCCCACCCAAUCCCUAUACUUUCCUUUCUCCCUCUCUCUAUCACAUUUUUUCUGCUAGGCCCGAACGACGACGGCAGGGGCUCGGGGAAUGGUGGUCGACGGCAGCAAGGGGGUCGGGGUCGGGCUGUUCGGCGGCAGGGGCUCGGGGCUGGGCUCGACAGCAACGACUGGUGGCUCGGGGCUGGGCUCGACAGCAACGACAGGUGGCUCGGGGGCUGGGCUCGACGGCGGGUGGGGGGGUCUCGGGUCUGGGCUCGACGUCGCAGGGGCUAGGCAGAGGGUUGUUUGGCUUCGGGACUUUGAGAGACACGAGAGAUAUGGCCAUGGCUGAAUCUAACGAUUUCGUUUCGGUUGAUAUGGAGAGGAUCUAUCUCGGUGGAAAGGUUGUGGUAACCAUUUGGUAUCGUGCACCAGAGCUGCUCCUUGGGGCAAAACAUUAUACAAGUAUUGUUGGUACCCCUCAACACCAAAUUUCAUAUUUAUUAUUGAUAUGUGGGCUGUUGGAUGCAUUUUUGCCGAGCUUUUGACAUUGAAGCCACUGUUUCAAGGAGCUGAAGUCAAAGCUACCCCAAAUCCAUUUCAGAUAUUCAAGGUCUUAGGUCAUCCCACUAUAGAAAAGUGGCCAACACUUGCAAAUCUUCCGCAUUGGCAAAAUGAUUUACAGCUUAUUCAAGGCCACAAGUAUGACAAUCACAGGCUUCAGGGUUUUGUAAACAUCUCUUCAAAAAGUCCUGCAUUUGACCUCUUAUCUAAGAUACUUGAGGAACCAGACAGAGUGGUCAAGGAGUCAAAGCUAAUUUGGUUAUUGACAAAUUUAAAUUUUAAGAUGCCAUACUGUUUAUUGAUGAAUGCACUUGCUAAGACUAAACAGAUCAAUGAAGCUAAAUCAGUUUUUGAUGAAAUGCUUGAGAAAUGCGUUAGCUCAGAAAUGUCUUCCAAAUCUUCCAUUAACAAAGAUAAGAAGUCAUUAUCAAUUGUUCAUCCAAAAUCAAACGAUAUGUUUCAAUACUUAAGUGAAGAUAAAUUACUUUUUGUGCAUUCUAAUAUUCGAGCUCAAUGUUAUUGGAGUGAUAUUGGGUGCAUUCAAUGUUUUCUUAGUAAUGAGGAACUACAAAUGUUGAAACAAUCUUGUCUUGGGUUUAUUUUGGAUUUGGAUGCAUCGCUUGAACCAUCCCAUAUGAUCAUGCAUGCUCUUCUUCUUCAUGAGGACGGUAGCUCUAAUGGAAAUGAGCUGCAUUUAAAUUUUGGAGGUAACAAAACAAAGUUUGGCAUUGAAGAUUUCGGUAUUAUAACAAGUUUAAAUUGUUAUGGCAUUCAUUCUGAUAUGGGUGGUAGCAAUGAUAAUAGUAGAUUACUUGUUAAAUACUUCUCUGGAAAAUCAUCAAAUUUAAGAAAUCAGUUGAAAGAUUUCAUUAAUUCUAGAAGAAUUGAUAUUAAUGCUGAAGAUGCCAUUAAAUUAGUCAAAGUAUACAUGGUUGAAAAUAUAUUAGGAAGUAAAAGAGGUGAUAGGUUGGUAGACAAUUUUGUUCUGAAUUUAGUUGAUGAUGAAGAAAAGUUUGAGGCAUAUCCUUGGGGUCACCGGUCUUUUAACGAAACAAUAAAAUACCUCACAAGUGCCUUAGAUUCAUCAAAGACAGGAUAUGAGCUAUUUGGCUUCCCUAUAGCCUUCCAAGUUUGGGAAUUUGAGGUUAUUCCUUUGUUGACGUCAUCGUUUGCCAUUCACAUUUGUUCAAAAAUCCCCAGAAUUUUGAAUUGGAAGAUAGGGAAGAAGAAUUGUCACUUCAAGACAAUUUGGAAAAAAGUUUUCAAAAGAUCAAAGGAAAUCAAAAAAGAUAAUAUUAUAAUGAAAAAAGAUAUUGUUGAUAUUAAAACAAAGGUGAAUGAUAUUGAGGAGAGAAUGAAACGUUUCUUUGAUUUUAUGGAGAUUUUUACGAAGAAACAUGAUGCAAACAAGGAAGUUCCUGGAGAAGGAGAAGGUGAAGAGCAAGGAUGGGAAGUCUUCUCCUCAAGAGGGGAAAUCCUUAUCUGAAGAUGAUUUCCAUCAAAGUAUGAAUGACUUUAACACUGUAGAAUGUGUUGGUCCUUUAGCAAUUAUUCCGGUUUCCAAUGUGGAACCAAUUCAAAAUGAUCUUGAAGAAUUUACAACAAAUAAAAUUGAUAUUGACCAUGACAAAGAUUUUGAGACUACUCCAACUUUCAAUAUUUUAUCCCAAUCAUCAAAUGACAAUCAUGAGGUUAAGAAAUUAUACUCAAGAAAGAAAAGGGGAAGGAAACCAAGCAAAUUUGUUUCUUCUCCAUACACCCAUGAUUUGUCAGCAAUUAUUUUGGCUUUGUCCAAUGAACGAAGAAAAAAGGAAGCACAUUUCAUUGGACGAAUUCUUUUUUAGAGCAAUUUUGAUGAUAUGCCUUCAAUGGAGUUGGAAGAAAGAUUUAUGUCAUGGUAUAAGCUUGGUCUUAAGAAGCAUAGGUCUAAAAAAGAACCAUUUUAUCCAUUUUAUGCAACAAUGCCUGGGUUUCUAUAUGGUGAUCAAUGCAUUAAUUAUAAGAAGUGGUUCCAUGAUCUAUAUGACAAGAAUGGCCUCCUUGAUGAUAUUCAUAUUUCUGUAGCACUUUAUUAUUUGAGAAGGAAGGCUAUUUGUCAUAGUUGCUCGCCUUCAUUUCAAAAUUGUACUACAUUGGACUAUAUUUUUGAUGCAUUUCUUAGGCAACUAGCAGUUAGUGAAUCUCAAAUAAAAGAUUUUAAUUGGAGCAAGGAAGUGACUAUAAUUGAUAGGAUUCUUGGUAAAUCAAUCUUAUAUGGGAAGUCGUGGUUAGAUGUAAAUUUUGUAUAUCUGCCAUCUUUUAUUCUAGGUGGAAAACACGUAAAUCAUUGGUGCUUAGGAGUUCUCGAGAUUGAUAAACGAAAAAUCUUUAUUUAUGAUUCUUACUACGAAGAUGGUGAUGAAAAUGUAAGAAAUCAUGUAAAGAAAUAUUGCCAAGUUCUUCCUUAUAUUUUUUACUUCUUGCAUUUCCAUGAAAAAAGAGAAGGAUAUGCUUCAGGUUGCCAGGAGUUUGAGUAUUCAUGGGAACCAACUCCAUUUCAAGAUAAUAUGACUGAUUGUGGCAUUUAUCUCAUAAAGUUUGUUGAAUUAUUGAUGGCGGGGAAAUCAGUUUUUGAAAUUGGACCAGAUAAAGCUUUUUCUAUGCGGAAGAAAAUGGCAAUAGAAUUGUGGGUUCAUGGAAACUUCAAGCACAGGAAUGAAGGAUAUCAAACUCUGACUGAAGAUGUAUGCCAAGGUUAAUUAUAGAAAUGCACUCAUGGUUUUCAUUUCAAAGUUAUAGAUUUUGGAGUCUUACAUUUUACUAAACCAGAUAGUUUUGUAGUUACAAAAUGUAAACAAACAAAACAAAAUAUCGUGGUAGUAAUUCAAUGGAAAUUUUUGUCUCCUUUUGUAAUAUAAAUAGGUACUCUUUCAUUCA